AUGAUGUAUUAUACUGGUCAAGAGGAGGUUGAUGAUGAUAUAGUGAGCCAUAAACAACAACAACAACAACGUCAACCAUUGACCUCUAGAAUCACAUCACUGAGUAGUGGAAGUGAAGAUGAUGAGAUUGAAACCGAACCUUCACUCACCGAAACUACUGCAGACGAAGACGACGAUGAUUCAAACAGUAGAGAUACCAACACAGCCAAUGAUGAAACCAAUCGAAAUAGAAAUGAACUUAUAUCUUCACAACAACAUCUUCGUGGAGGUGGAGGAGGUGAAAACUAUGAAUCUAUUUACACUUUGAUUGAUUCUGCAAAGGAUAUAUUAUCAGAAAAGAAAAUAAUGUUAAAGAUGAUAUUGACUGAUCAUAUUAUGAAUAAUGGUACUCAACUUGAUGCAAAUAGAUUCUCAUCAUUUAUUAGACAUGUCAUGUCCCUUGAAUUGGAAGGUUUGUCACCUGCCAUUACUCAAUCCAAACAAUUCAAACAAAUAUUCAUCGAUCAUUACUAUAGAAUAUUUAAACAGGCACUCAAAGCAUCAAACUAUGAUGAACUUUUAUUACCAUCCAAUUUACUUUCAAUCUACAAUUCAUCCUUGUUUAUAAACCAACAACAACAACAAUAUUUAUUAAAUUCUCCUGAAAACCCUUUAUUUAACAAAUUAAAUACAGCAAGAUAUCAAAAGGAAUUUAUUGAAUUGAAUAAACUUGGUAGUGGUGGAUUUGGAUCAGUUUAUUUGGCAAGAAAUUGUUUAGAUAAUCAAAAUUAUGCAAUUAAAAAAGUAAACUUUACAAUUAAUUUUAUGACUUCAACAGGACAAGGUAAAGUUGAAAAGAUUCUAAGAGAAGUGAAAGCUUUGGCAAAACUUGAUCAUAAGAAUAUACUACGAUACUAUAACGCUUGGAUUGAAUUUAAUACAACACCAGACCAUAGUGGUAGUAGUAAUCUGUCAUCGGUUGAGGGAAGUUUAGAGACCAAUGCAACAGAUGAUGAAGAGUCAAGUCUUGGAAAGGUAGAAGAUUUUGAUGAUGAAAAUAGUGAUCUAUUGUUUGAAGAUAGUUCAAGUCAUAGUUCAAUUGUCAAUGAUAUAUUUAGUUUUAGAUCAUCAAAUUCAAAUAUAUCAAUUUCAAACAAUGAUCAAUCAUCAACAAAUGGUUAUCUUGACAAUUCAGAUGAAAGUGAUCAAACCGAUGAAUCGUCAUCAUCUUUGGAAGAUUCUUCUGCAGAUGAUAGUGAUGAAUCAGAAGAAGAUACAAGUUUUAUAAAUUUCAAGAAACCCAAUUCUCCAAAAGGACAAAUAGUUCCUUUUAAUCCUCAUCGAUUAGAUGUAUCACAACAAUAUAUUCCAACUUUAAAUAAUCUUGCUCCAACCAUUUAUAAUCCUCAUAUCAACAAAUUAAAUAACAAUCAAAAUAAUAAUAGUAAGAUUAGAUAUAUUCUAUACAUUCAAACACAAUACUGUGAAGGUAAAACAUUAAGAGAAUGGAUAGAUACAAGGGAUUCAAAUAUUUCAAUCGAUACUAUUUAUUCAAUAUUUAAACAAAUUGUAACUGGUCUUGCUCAUAUUCAUACAAAUAUGAUUCAUAGGGAUUUAAAACCAGCAAAUAUUUAUUUAAUGAGACAAAAAGAAAAAGAAGAUUUAAAAGUUAUUAUUGGAGAUUUUGGACUUGUAAAGGAUUUAACAAUAGUAGAUGAAUCACGACCUGAAAAUGGAAAGCCAAAUGAAAAUCAAAACUAUAAUGAUUCAUUCCUCGAAAAGAGUUCAAAUGUUAUCAUGUUGACCAAUGCAUCGGUUGGAGUUGGAACAUUCUCUUACAGUAGUCCUGAAAUUAUAUCAGGUAGACCAUAUUCCAACAAGGUCGAUAUCUAUAGUUUGGCAAUCAUUUUCUUUGAACUCUUAUAUCCAUUCAAUACAAUGUCUGAAAGAUCUGAAUGUAUUAAAAAUUUAAAAAAAGGGAUAUUACCAGAAUCAUUUAAAAUUAAAUUCAAAUAUGAAAGUGAAUUGAUUUUAAAGAUGAUGAAUAUAGAUCCAAAUGAAAGACCAUCAGCCGAACAAUUAAUCAAACUUUAUUUACCAAAUAUAUUAGCCCAACAGAGAACGACACCACCAUCACCAUCACCAUCACUACUAACAACGCCGACACUUUGCAACUCAAAAGAAAUUCAUUGUCCUCAUCCAACCAUUGAUUACAAUAGCAUGGACAAGUCUACAUUAAUUAAACUACUCUGUGACCGAGAUAGGAAAAUUAAUGACCUACUACGAGAGAUUAAUGAUUUAAAUGAACUAGCAAGAUCAGAAAAUCUACGAUAA